CAAGCUAGGCGCCUUUUAUGGGAAGAAGGGGUAAAAUAUGAAGGGCCCAGCGGAGAAAGAUUGCUAUUUGAAGGAAACAAUAGGAUAAAUUAGAGGAAUUAUAGUAAAAAAUGCCAAGUGCGGUCACUGCUCUCUGAUCUAAGACCCCCAAAAACGGCAAAUGGGAUAACCACCAGCGAUGACAUGUCUCUCUGUUUUCUCCAAAUGUUUGGCCUGACAGUAGUUUCAGGAGUCAAAUCCGGAUGCAAAGACCAAUGCUUUGAAUCUUUGGUCCAAACCCAUCAGAAAAAAGAAAAGUGGAAACUAGGGAGAAAAAAAGAGAAAGAAAAAGAGAGCAGAGGGGAAAAAAAAUCAAGAAAAUGCACCCAGAAACAAAGAAAAGCUUGCCAUUGGUACCAACCCCAACUUUUGCUUUCUCCAUUAUGAAUCCGACACUCCCAUUCUUUUUCCUUCCAAAUCUCAGACAACCCAUUUCACAGCACAAAUAGAGCUGACACCAAUGCAAAUUCAGGUUACCCGACAUAUAAAACGAGUCUUCUUUUCAUGUUCCGGCAUAUGCCUUGUUUAUUUCUCUCCUCUGUUUCAAGAAUGCCUUAUUGUGAUUGGAGAGUUUUCAUUGGGGACAGCACAUAGUUAGAGAGAGAGAGAGAGAGAGAGAGAGAAUGUGCGUGGGUGUGAGAGAGAGAAAGAGAGACAUUGAUCUGGGUAUGGGGAAGGAGAAGAGGAGAAUGUAGGCGUUAACAUUUGUUAGGGGGCAGAGAGAAAUGAGCAAAAAGCACGGCCGAAUUUUGAAGGCCUGGGAAAAAACAGUGAGGAAAUCACAAGCUGCUGCAAAGAAAAGGGUGAACAGCAUUUUCGCCGCUAUGUCGGUUGCCCACGUUGACGACGAGGACAAUGCGGGCCAGAACGAGGUCUAUCAUUCCGAGAGAGUCCUCUCAAAUGGGGACUUUUACACCGGCCAGUGGGCGGAUAACCUCCCCCACGGUCAUGGGAAGUAUCUGUGGACCGAUGGGUGUAUGUACGUUGGCGAAUGGUUCAACGGCAAGACAAUGGGAAAGGGGAAGUUUUGCUGGCCAAGCGGUGCCACAUAUGAGGGUGAAUUCAAGAGUAGUUAUAUGGAUGGUAAAGGGACUUACACAGGCCCUUCGGGCGAUACAUACAGAGGUUCAUGGAUAAUGAACUUGAAACAUGGGCAAGGGACUAAGAGUUAUGUUAAUGGUGAUUACUACGAAGGAGAGUGGCGGCGCGGGAUGCAAGAUGGUCAUGGGCGGUACCAAUGGCAUAAUGGGAACAAUUACAUAGGGCAAUGGAAAAAUGGGACAAUCAACGGGAAUGGUACAAUGAUAUGGAGUAAUGGAAAUCGGUAUGACGGAUUUUGGGAAGAUGGUUUGCCUAGAGGGAAUGGGACUUAUAGAUGGGCGGACGGUAGUUUUUAUGUCGGCAUUUGGAGUAGAGACCCAAAGGAGCAGAGCGGCACAUACUACCCAUCGGGGUCAACUGGAGGCAACAUUGAUUGGAAUCCUCAAGAGGUGUUUUCAGUGGAUUUGCAGGAUUGUAAGAUUUGUCCUGGCGAAAAAGUUUCAAUUUUGCCAUCACAGAAGCUGCUGAAUUGGCCAGGGAUUGAGGGGGAGUUCUUGCAAAAGCAGCAAAUUUGGAGACCUCAGAAGGAAAGUGAUGGGGGUGGAAAACGGAGGAUAUCGGUGGAUGGACGGGUGUCUCACUACAGUUGGGGUUCAGAAGGCAGUGAAGGAAAUAAUCUCAGGGAUGACAAUGAAGGGCUGGGGAAUAUUCAGCCUCAAGAUUCAAGCAUGAGAGCCACACUGACUAAACAACAGAUGCUAAGGAUAAAACCGCCAAAGAAACAGGGAGAGACUAUAUCUAAAGGACAUAGGAACUAUGAGCUAAUGCUCAACCUGCAACUAGGAAUCAGGCAUUCCGUUGGAAGGCCUGCUCCAGCUACAUCCCUGGAUCUGAAAGCUUCGGUUUUCGAUCCCAAGGAAAAAGUGUGGACUAGAUUUCCUCCCGAAGGGUCCAAGCAUACUCCACCCCACCAGUCAUGUGAAUUCAGGUGGAAGGAUUAUUGCCCAGUGGUUUUCAGGACUCUCAGAAAAUUAUUUAGAAUUGAUGCAGCAGAUUAUAUGAUAUCGAUCUGUGGGAAUGAUGCCUUGAGAGAGCUUUCUUCCCCGGGAAAAAGUGGAAGUUUCUUCUACUUGACCCAUGAUGACCGGUACAUGAUAAAGACCAUGAAAAAAUCAGAAGUAAAGGUGCUUUUGAGGAUGCUGCCAUCUUACUACAAUCAUGUCCGAACCUACGAAAACACUCUCGUUACAAAAUACUUUGGUCUACAUUGCGUGAAAUUGACUGGGACUGCACAAAAGAAGGUACGGUUUGUCAUAAUGGGAAACCUAUUCUGCUCCGAGUACGCAAUCCAUAGGCGCUUUGACUUAAAGGGUUCUUCUCAUGGUCGUAUCACUGAUAAACCGGAGGCUGAAAUUGAGGCUACUACCACCCUUAAGGACCUUGAUCUCAACUUUAUAUUCAGAUUGCAGAAUGUUUGGUUCCAAGAGUUCUGCAGACAAGUGGACAAGGACUGUGAUUUUCUGGAACAGGAGAGGAUAAUGGACUACAGUCUGCUGAUUGGUCUUCACUUCCGAGAUACUUCUUAUAACAAGGAUAGCUUAGUUGCCGAGGCUUGUCCUGCUGGAGUUCGCACUCCUAGAGGCAUUGGAGAUAACAUUGUUGACCCUGUAGAUCCUCGCCUUUCCAGUGUGGAAAUGGAUCAGCUUCAACUUGACCCUACCAGGUGGGCUUCAACCAGAUUAGGGAUAAACAUGCCUGCAAGGGCUGAACUAACAAUGAGGAGAAACGGCUGUGAGCUACAGCUGGUUGGUGAACCAACAGGAGAGUUAUACGAGGUCAUCCUCUUCUUUGGCAUAAUAGACAUAUUGCAGGAUUAUGACAUUAGCAAGAAGCUUGAGCAUGCAUACAAAUCAAUCCAAUAUGACCCGACUUCAAUAUCCGCGGUUGAUCCAAAGCAGUACUCCAGACGGUUCCGUGAUUUUAUAUACAGAAUUUUUCUAGAAGACACUUGAGGUUUGGACUCUCUCAAAUGGUCGAUCCACGUGUGGACACCUAUGUACAGUCAAAGCAUGGGAUGAUGGUUCUCUAUGGUGAGAAGGUUGCCGUUUCGGUCAGCAGCGAGUACUAGAGAAUGGCAUCUAGGGUUAGAUGUCUCGUGCUCUUGGCAAACAAACGGCAGAUUUUCAUCAUCAUCGUCUUGUAAGUUAUAGGCUGAAAGAAAUGUGUUGUAGGUAAGGGUAGAGAAGAUCAGAGUUCAAGCCUCAUUCUUUUUGUAAAAUGUGUCAUCACAGGAUUGAUUCUUUGUACCCAUAUCUUUUACCAGAAAAGGGAGGGAUAUGGAAUUUUGUUAUGAAUAAGAUGUACAGGAGAUCGGUGAAGGCAAAAAAGAAAAAUUCUAAGUUGCUUCACCAUGAAUUUCGUAUCACAA